AUGACUGAUGCAAAUAUAAGCCCGACGAUUGACGACGUGGUCGACUCGGUCUGCUCGGGUUGUGACUUACUGAUCGAGGAGGGCAGGGUCGUAGCCUUUGGAGAGGGACUCUGGCAUAUCGAUUGUAUUCAUUCAACAUUCCCAUCCAAGACUUACAAAAAUGAACUCACACCCCCUGUCGAAAACGCAUUUAGCAUUCGUCAAUCGCGAUUAAUAGAUACAACGUCACUAAGCGAGACAUUUACGAAACAAUCGAUUGUCGACGUUCCCGUACACACGAGUCCAGGAAGGAUGAAUAUUGGUAGUAACCCUGGUGGCAACAACAAUGAUAUCCCAACGGACCAGCCAAAGAAAACAUCAAAGCGUAGUGAAUCAUUCGAUUCCUUGCAUGGCAUUCGGUUAUUACGUAAUCGCAACGCAUUGCUCGGAAAGUCAGGCACGCACUUCCGUAGCCCAUCAAUGAAUACCAUAAGUUCUACACACAAUGAGACACGGAAGAGCUCGAGAUCAUUUUCAUUAACAAGUUCACGUAGCGAUAACUUUGGUUUAUCACAGAGACUACACGCGUCAUCUUACCGAUUCAGCGAGAAGAUCAACGAUAAAAUUAACGAUAAUAAACUCCAUCGUGAAACCAAUUCUGGUUUAUCUCAAAGGGGAGAAAAGUAUCAAACUUCUCUUUUACCAUCAACUCAAUCUACUUCCCAAUCUCCCGAAGAUACGAGCGUGGUGUCUUCAGCAACAACUGUCUCAAAAUCAUCUAUGAGCUCCUCUCGAUCUGCCUCACCUCCAUCUCCUCGCUCCCAGUCUCCGGGAACGCCUCACUCCUCAUCUCCAAUUAGUCCAUCUGCUCCUUCUAAAGGACUACGCCAUGCAAAAAGUUUUACUUCGGGCAUGGAAAAUGGACCUCCGGUAUUGCCUCCACUGUCGUUUGAUACUAAUAAUGAGGACGAUCUGAUUAAUUUUGUUGCUACUGCAACUUCGAACACAGACGUCGGAAAACGGUUUUCGAAGAAAUUUACAGCUGAGCAUAGUUUUUUCGGCAUAUCAUCGUCAUCUUCUGUUAAGAGACAAAACGAUAAUUCCGCGAGAUUGCCAGACAGAAAUCUACAACACUUCAAUACUGGGCGUGAAGAAGAGAAAAUGGAUGAGCUAGAUAUGGAGGAGUUAAAGACGGAACUUUUGGCUACUAAGAGGAGACUGGCUGACGUUGAGAACAGCUAUAAACAGCUCAAAAUAGUCAGCAAAGAGGCAUUGGAAGAAUUUAGCGUGGCAAAGGAAGAGUUUAAUCGCGAAGUGGAACUCCGACAAGAAGCUGAAAUUUUGAUUCACCAGUUACGCACUCAGUUAGGAGUGCAUACGAGGAGAAAUACAGAGCUGACUCGUGAGAAGGAGGCUCUGGAGAAUAUUAUCGAGGAGUCACACGCGUUGAAUUCGGAAUUGGAAGAAACCAAACAAAAUUUGGAGGCGAUGAGUCUGCAGAGGGAGUUAAUGAUUAAGGAGAUUGAGGGCUUGGCGCAUGAAAAGCAAGCCAGAUCCUACCCUCAUGAGUUCAAACCAACGGACCUUCCAUCUUCGCUAGCCAAACACAUUUCUACCCAUCUUGAUGAAGUAAAGCAAGGCUACAUCAUCGAUAUCAGGCGCCUUCAGAAUGAGCGUGAUAGAUUAAAGAAAGAGACAGAACAGCUUUGCAGGGAUCGUGAUCAACUCGUAGAAGAAGCAAAAACAUUGAAUGCAAAGAAUCGAGAUUUAGCAGAGUUAAAUAAUGAAUUGACGCGGCAGAUUGAUGGUCAUCAAAGACGAGAUAAAAUUAAUGCCUUCAAUCUCUUUAGAUCAAAAUCACCUGUAGGAAGCCUUCCUUCCGAUAAUGGAGCGUCUAAUAGUGCGCAUGGGCGUUCACGCAGUCCGUUGCCAUAUACAGUUGAUAAUAUUUCUGAAUCCAAUAAUACGGCCACUCGUGUUGGAAGAGGAGAAUGGUCUAAGAGAUUCGGAUGGAAAAAAGCGAGCGUUUUCAACAUCCUUCGACCUGUUGCCACAACGCCAAUUAUUACUGCACCUAUCCCUGUAGCAAGUACAGAUACUAAGAUGCAAACGACCGAUAAUUUGAGUGCUCGCAAUCCCGAUUCAAGCGCAAACGGAGGGCAUAAGAGAUCAGAAAGCGAGUCUUCCAAUGAUAAAUCGCACAAAUGGCACCAGGUUUCGUUCUUUAGACCAGUCAAAUGUGAAUGUUGUCAGGAGAAGAUAUGGGGGUUGACUGAGGCUAGAUGUGAUGCAUGUGGACUAGCAUGUCAUAAUAAGUGUGUCGGAACGCUGCCCAUUGGAUGUUCCGGUUAUCCUGGAACGUUCUCUACUGAUUCUGAAGAAAUAGUUAACAUGACUACGGUGACCGUGUUUGGGGCCGACCUUGACAAACAGCUGGAAGUGGAAGGACGUAAGAUACCGUUGUUAGUCGAAAGAUGUAUUACUGCUAUCGAGAACAGAGCAAUGGAUUAUGAAGGUCUAUAUCGUAAACCUGGCGGCAAGAUUAUGAUACGGUCAAUAGUAUCGGCUUUCCAACAUGGAGAGGACAUUGAUUUAAAUAAUGCAGAUGAAUAUAAUGACGUUUCAGCAAUAACAAGUGUUCUUAAACAAUAUCUCGGAGAAUUACCUGACCCACUUCUGACGACAGUUCUAUAUCCUAAGUUUAUCGAGGCAGCCGGCUGCCAAGAUGCAGACAAAAAGCUAGAUUUGUUUAAAAAAGCCGUUGCCCUUCUCCCGGCUGGCAACUAUGCGACUGCCAAUUAUCUCUUGGAACAUCUGCACAAAGUUAAAUGUAACGGAUCAGAGAAUCUAAUGUCAUGUACAAGUCUCGCAAUUGUGUUCGGACCCACAAUACUCAAGGGAUUGGAUCCUGCUACAGAAAUUAAAGAUAUGGGUUUGAGGAAUGCGGCAGUCGAGUUUUUAAUUGAGAAUGUGGAUGCUUUAUUCCCAUCACAUAUUAAACCACGUGAAGAUGGAUUUUUGUGA